AUGACGAACCCCCUCACACCGCAGUCGCUGCUGCAGUUGAUGGCAGACGCCCUGCCAACGCACCCCCAAAAUGACACAACCUCGGACUUGAGCAGCAGCUACGAGCUGCCCUCCCUUCUCGCCCACGCUUGCAUGGCCGCCCUCAAGUUCCGCCUGCUCGGCUUUGACGAGGAGAAGAGGAUAGAGGAGGAGAUUCAGUCCCUUGCGCCCCGACUACCUCCCUCAUGGAAUGCCGGCUUCGGCGCCAUCCGCUUCGUGUACGCGCACAAGCAGUCUUCAAUGACAUCCAUCAUCCGCAUCAGCCGCGUCGGCGGCAAAGUCGAGAUCAGCGGGAUGGCGCAGGGCCACGACGUCAUACACAGAUUCGAGGUCACGACAAAGGAUGUGGUCAACUCGUCGAAGCUUCCCCUGCGCAUCACGCUGAACGAAGACGGGUCUGAGGAUAGAAGCGACCUGGUGCAGAAGUUCAGAGAUGCGUUCGUCUCUGAAGCAGCGAUUGCCGACUUCAUCGAGCAGUUCAAGACGAAGAUUGUGCAGAAGCUCAUCCCAAAGAUGCAAGUGGAGGGGUAUGAGGAGUCGCCCGACGACCGCGACGCAGCCGAGAAUGUACAGCGCGAAGGCCGCGCGCAGUCUGGUCGGGAACCGGGAAGACCAUUCCCUGGAGAGAGGCCGCAGCCAGGCCACCCGUUCCCCAUUCACGAUCCCCUGGCUGAGCCCCCUAGACGGCCCAUCCCGGCGGGUGACUUCCCGCCGCCUGGGUUCGAAGAUGAGCAUGAGAUCAACACACCUCUGCGACCUUUGGGUGUUCCUGGUCGAUCACCCUACAAUAUUGGGCACGACGACCUGAACCCGCCCGGUCUUGGGCCACAUGACCCCCUGAGACCAUCUUUCAUCGGCAGAGGUCUCCCUCGUCCAGGAGGCGGUGGCGGCAUGCACCCGACCUUCGAUGAUCCUCUGUUCAGAGGUCAGGGUGGUCAGGGGGCCGGCUUCGACCCGCAAGCGCCGCCGGGAGCUAGGUGGGAUCCUAUCGGCCCCGGUGGUCUGCCCAGACAGGGUGGGCGAGGACGAGGCCCCUUUGGAGGCGGAGGCGGCUUCGGAGGAGGUUUCGGCGGAGGAUUUGGCGGAGACAUCAUUUGA